AUGUCAAAUCAUAAAGACCCUCGCUGUCUGCACAACCUCGCCUACCACCCACGAUGGCGGCACCACUCUCUGACAGUGAAGAGAAAAAGGCAUAUAUGGACAGUGGUUACAAAUAGUUUCGAUGGAUGUAAUCUGUUUGAGUCUUCAUCUACAUCAUCAUCACGGUCAUCAAGAUCAUCAUCAUCAAAACCACAGUUGCCAUCACACCCUGUGCAGCACACCAGGAGCUGGAUGGGGAACAGGUUUCUUCUUUUCUUACUUAUGAUCUCAUUAUUCCCCUGUCAGUCCUGGGCAACCACUUUUAAAGUAGCCCUAGUUGGCCCUUGGACGUGUGAUCUCUUAUAUUCAAAGGCCCUCCCUGACCUAGCGGCCCGCCUCGCCACCAGCCGCAUAAACAAUAACCCCUACCUCAACAAAGGCUACUGGUAUGACUACACACUGAUCAAUGAGGACUGCAAGUCAACUCGUGCCCUUGCUCGCUUUGCUGAGCUGGAUGGUUAUGGUGCCGCUUUCCUGGGCCCAGCCAACCCAGGCUACUGCUCCUCAGCAGCUUUGUACAGCAAAGAGUGGAAUAUUGGGAUUCUUUCCUGGGGUUGUCUUAAAUCCAACAUGGAAUCAGGAGCACUGUAUCCUACCUUCCUAAGACCACUACCACUAUCCUCCCAAGUACUUUUUACUGUGUUGCGGUACUUUCGAUGGGCUCAUGUGGCCAUCAUUUCAGAAGAGUCUGACUUGUGGGAAUCUACAGGACAACAGCUAGCCUCUUCACUGAGGACUCUUGGCCUGCCUGUCAACCCUGUAGUUACAAUGGAACCUGAUAAGGAUGGACCUCGCAAAGCCUUGAUAAAAGUGCGGGAGGCAGAUCGGGUCAGAGUGAUCAUCAUGUGCAUGCCUUCUGUCCUGAUUGGUGGCCAAGCCCAGUACCAGCUCCUGACAACAGCCUUAGCCAUGCGUAUGAUAGACCGUGGCUAUGUUUUCAUUCCCUAUGACACCCUUCUGUAUUCACUACCCUACAAAGAUGCAUUCUACUAUGCGCUGGGUAAUGACACUAAGCUCAGAAAAGCCUAUGACGGGGUUCUCACCAUCACUAUGGAGUCUGGAGAACGCAAUUUCUUUGAGGCCUUCAGAGAUGCUCAGAACAGCUUUGAAAUACGCAGCAGCACUCCACCGGAGCAGGUUUCUCCAUUCUUUGGCACCAUUUACAACAUGAUAUACUUCAUAGCAAUGGCUGCUGAGCAGGCCCGGACCAAUACAGGCCGCUGGGUAACUGGAGAGGUCCUCAGAGAGAAUCAGGGCAGCUUUGAAUUUGAAGGAUUCAAUCAACACUUGUGGGGUGGAAAGAACAGGGAAGGAAUGCAGGCUGGUUAUGUGGUCCUGGAUUACAGUGGCAUGGGCAGUUCUCUCUACUCUACCCAUUUUCUUCAUGCUAGACACACAGAUGGCCAAACUGGUGGCCUGAAGUACCUUGGCCGUUCAAUCCAUUUUGCAGGCAGCACUCCGUACACAGACUCAAGCUGCUGGUUUAGCCCAUACUUUGCUUGUUCUGGAGGAUUGGAUUCAGCCACUCUUUUCUUACUUUUCCUUGUAUUCGUUUGUCUUGUUGCAUUUGGAGGAUACAUUUUUAUUCGCUUCAAGAAAGAUGGCAGAGUCGGAUUCAGCUUUGGGUCUGGUGGAAACAACGGAUCAUGUAAGGUGGUCCUUACUCUUGAUGAUCUGGUCUUCAUCAAUACUCAAGUCAGCAAACGGAAGCUAAAUGAUGACAGCAUUGUGAAAAGCCAAGUGGAUGUGAAGACACCUCAACACUCAGUUUCUGGUCGCAGCUACUUAGCCUCCACACCUGACAGCUCAAAUGUAGCUGUGUUUGAGGGAGACUGGGUUUGGUUAAAGAAAAGUCCCACUGGAGGAGUUUCAGGUGUCAACAGCAGCACUGAGAUGGUCUUUGUCAAGGUCAGAGAAAUGAGGCACGAGAACCUCAAUCUGUUCCUGGGACUGUUCUUUGACUCUGGGAUCUUUGGUAUUGUGACGGAGCACUGCUCCAGGGGCAGCUUGGAAGAUUUGCUCAGCAAUGAGGAAGUGCGUCUCGACUGGAUGUUUAAGUCUUCCUUGCUAAUGGAUCUGAUCAGGGGAAUGAAGUACUUGCACCUUCGUGACAUCAUCCAUGGACGAUUAAAAUCCCGUAACUGUGUGGUCGAUGGGCGCUUUGUCUUAAAGGUGACAGAUUAUGGGUUUAAUGAAAUCUUGACAGCUCAGAACAUUGACACGGAGGAGGAAAAGCCAGAGGAACUACUCUGGUCGGCUCCGGAGUUGCUCCGAAACCCUAGUCGGAGGAGAAAAGGCACUUUUGCUGGAGAUGUCUACGGCUUCUCCAUCAUCACACAAGAGAUCAUCUCUCGCUCUACACCUUUUUGCAUGCUGGACAUGCCUCCUAAGGAGAUUAUCAGUAAGGUCAAAGAGCCUCCUCCUUUGUGUCGGCCUAUUGUGUUAGUUGAAGAAGCCCCAUUGGAUAUAAUACAGUUAAUGAAGCAGUGCUGGAGUGAAGAGCCAGAAAAGAGGCCAACAUUUGAGGACAUCUUUAAACAGUUCAAGGGCCUCACAAAGGGAAAAAAGACCAACAUCAUUGACUCUAUGUUGCGCAUGUUAGAGCAGUACUCCUCCAACUUGGAAGACCUAAUCAGAGAAAGGACAGAGGAGCUGGAGGUGGAAAGACAGAAGACAGACAAGCUUCUGUCUCAGAUGUUGCCCAAGUCUGUGGCCCAGGCGCUGAAAACAGGCAAGCCUGUGAAACCAGAGCAUUUUAGUGAGGUCACGCUGUACUUCAGUGACAUUGUUGGUUUCACCACCAUCUCAGCUCUCAGUGAUCCCAUCGAGAUAGUCGACUUACUUAAUGAUCUCUACUCACUCUUUGAUGCUAUCAUUCCACUGCAUGAUGUCUACAAGGUGGAAACUAUUGGAGAUGCGUACAUGGUAGCCUCAGGAGUUCCCAACAGGAAUGACAAUCGUCAUGCUGCUGAAAUGGCCAACAUGUCCCUUGACAUUCUCCACUGCAUUGGGACCUUUAGGACAAGACACAUGCCUGACAUGAAAAUCAGGAUCCGUAUUGGCUUGCACACUGGCCCAGUGGUAGCAGGUGUUGUUGGCCUAACAAUGCCUCGGUACUGUUUGUUUGGAGACACUGUCAACACCUCUUCUCGAAUGGAGUCCACAUCGUUGCCUUACAGAAUCCACGUCAACCAAAGUACAGUUAAUGUCCUGAACAGCUUGAACCUGGGAUACAAGCUACAAGUCAGAGGCUUGACAGAAUUAAAGGGAAAAGGUAUUGAGACUACCUAUUGGUUGGUGGGAAAAGAAGAUUUCAAGAAGCCCCUGCCAGUUCCUCCAGACCUAGACGGCGGAAAGAAUCAUAAUAUUGGUAUUGAUGAGAUACCUCCUGACAGAAGACAAAAAUUCCUGGAUCGACAGAAGAAGCAGAACUAG